AUGCCAGCCCCGGGGCCCGGUGCGCUUGGCACGCCCGGCCUGCGGCCGCUGCUGCGCGGGGCCUGCGGCCCAGAGGUGGGCGCCCAGAGGCCCAGCCGCACUGCCUCCGCGCCGGCUCCUAUUUCUUUAAAAUCAAAGCUUCGGGCCUACAAUUGCUGGGAUUGCAGCGCGGUAUUGAUCCGCAGCCGGCAUCAGGGCCCGCGGCCUCGCUGCCCAGCCCCCGCGGCCGGCCUGCGAAGCCCAGAGGCUGGGUUUCGGCACCGUGCACGCCGCCGCUGGUACCCGGCCACCCCUCCGGCCAGCCGGGCCCGCGCCCCGCCGCGCCCGACUCCACGCCGAGACCGCGCAGGCGAGGCCGGGCGCUCCCGGGCUCUGCCUUCCUCCCUCGGUGCCCGGGGGACCGGGCUGCUCACGGCCGCAGACGUGUGCGCGGGCGAGCGCGGAACGCGGCGGGAGACGAUCUCCGCCGGCACCGCGAAAGGAGCCGAGGGCGCCCAGGGCCCCGCCGCGGACCGCGCGGAGGACAGGCGCAUCCUGGACGCGACGCGCCCUCGGGCCACAGCAAAUUAUUGCUCAUUUGAUACCAAGAAUUCUAUUGACCACGGCUUUCGUUGGAGAGCGAAUUCUAACUACUGGCUGCUCUGUUGUCAGCUAGAGCUGAGGCUGGGAACCUUCCACAAGGCUGUGACGGCACACAGAGUCCUCUGCUCCAGGAAGUGCAGAGGUGCGUUCCUUACGGGGGCCCACUGGACUCGUGUAGAAAUCUGCUUUUUGUUCUGCGGGCCAGCAAAAGGUCAGCCUCUUUGGAAUGAAACUGCCCACUCAUUUGCCUCUCAGAACCUUUCUAGCAACUUCUUUUCAGCUCUGGCCAUGGUAGGCAAUGAAAUGAUGCAAACAGAUUGCUCCUCGAUCCUUUGGUCACCACUGCCCCAACACAGACACUUGGAGAAAUCAUUCACACCUCCCCGCCUCAAAAAAAAAGUCUAAAUGAGAGGCUUUACUGUCUGGCUAUGAUUUCCUAAAUUUCACUGCCCUAUCCCACUCCACCCCUUCCAGACCCAUGCUGUCGCAGCGGGGCAGAGCAGGGAGUGGGUGCCAUGAGGUCCACUGUCCCUCAUGCAGUGGCCACUCAGUAUCCAGAGAAGGCUGACCUCUGACCCCAGGCCAGCUGCUGUCGGGCUGGAGCUGUCCUGGCUACAGAGAGGACCUGAAGGGUUUGUUCCCGGGAAGCUGCUGGCAGCAGAUUCAGCCCUCUUGCACUGGGAGGAGCCAGUGCCGCCAAACCUAGGCCGACCUCUGCCUUGCACCAGGUGGCCUCUAUUCCAGCGGGUGGGCAUCAUGGGGGACAGAAGACCUGACCCACCCAGCCAGGGUGUGUGAGCCCCCCCCCCAGGCAAAGGGAGCCGAAGCCGAGCCCUUCUGCAGCCUUCUUCCAGAACAUUGGGUCCCAUCUGCGGCCCCUGAAGCCCUGGACCCAGAGACAUGGACACCCUUAGCAGAACCUUGUCCCUGGCGCCUCCGAGGAGGAUACAGCACCUUGAGGUUGGGUGCAGAUGGAGAGAAAGGCCAAGGGCCGGUUUCCAAAGAGCACUGGGCAAGUGCGGCCCCAACAGCAUCAGCUCCCAAAAUCCGAAUCCCUUCAGGGGCUCCAGCAGACUGGCUUGGGGUGAUCGUCCCAGGUGCUGUUUCCCCCACUACUGGCCUCGCUGGGCAGUUAGGCAGAGCCUUGUUCCCAGAUGGGUUCGCUUGGAGGUCCUUCAGCUUCUGGACGGUGGGGAGUAUGGACGGGGUCGCAUUGUAGGGCUGUAUUUGCCUCGGCUUUUCCUUUUUGUUUCUAACAUAGAUAACGCUGGUGUGUGUUGUCUGCCUGCACCCAAAGCGAUGGUGUUCCUGGAAUGCAAGCACCGCCCGCCAUGCUUGGAGCAUCCUGCCGCAGAGAGAACACUUUCUCCUGGUCUCAGCCCAGACUGACAGCCUGGGGGCCUCGUAGGACACUCGGCCAGAUGACACACACACAAGGGCACCCAGAACCUGUGUCGUGGGCUCCCGGGCAGCUGUGGAUCCAGGAGGCAGGCUGAGCAAGCCAGCAACACUCGCUGCCACUUGUCCAGAAAGCAAGAAAGCGGCAAUAUCCUCAGUGUUAUUUAAGGGAAAAAGACUGGGACCUGCACUGGAGUUUAAAAGUUAGGGGCGGGCUGCUCCCCAGCAUUUCUUUGGAAGGAGGCAGAACUGAGAGCUAUGCAGCUGGCUUGGCGCUUCAGCCCAUAGGAGAGGAGGAAAUUCUCCUCCUCCUCGCUGCACCUUGGAGCAGGUCCUCUGGCAGAGCUCUCGGCUCCCCAGCACCCCGUCAGCCUCCUGCCUCUCCUGCCAGGCCAAUGGAACCAGCAGAACUCGAUAGUAAAUUAUUUUGUUCAGCCCUCUGUCUUUUUAUGAAAAUAAAAGCCAACACUUUGUCAUUUUUAAUCACGUAAGCAGACAAUAAAUCCAAUUUCGAUAUUGAUUUUUUUUUCCAGAA